GAACCAGGAGGUGCCCUGGUAACGCGGUUUGAACGGUGAACACAAGCGCUUGCCAGCGCGUUACCCGGAGGCUCCAAAACCAAGGAACAGAAAAGCUUUGAUUACGCGUGUGUUCCCAUUUGGAUCGAAGAAGGAUGUUUCCCACUGUUUCUUUCAUCAUCUCCACCGUCUGAUUUUUUUCAGGGAUGCGACGCAUGUUGUUUUAUUCUCACAUCUUUGCUGCGCGCUAAACUUUACAGGCCACUGAGUCCGAUUUGACCAAUUAAAAGUGCCAAAAGAGACGCAGAAGUUCAUUCACUGAAAAUGUCAACGACGCACCUCAGCUCCCCGGCGCCCAACCAGAGCUACCUUUCCACGGCCACCUACGAGAAGACAGACCCCGCGGGGGUGGCGAGGCAAAUUCUCCUGAUGCUUUUCGGCUUGUGCGUAACGAUCGCUGCCGCUACCUUUGUCGGAGGUGUGUAUUCGCUGCUUUCUCUCCUCCGGAUGAGGAGAAAAACCUCCCUGUGUGUCAUUGUAGCUUCCAUGUCGGUGGACGACCUUCUCAGCGUGGUCCCUCUCUCCUUGUUCAUGCUCCUACAGUGGGAGACAGAUGGAAGUGGAGGGUCGAGCAGCCUCUGCACUUUAUCUGGACUUCUGUACGUGUUCCAGGGUGUUUCUAGCAAUAUGAAGGCUUGCCUUAUAGCAGCCUAUACUUUUUAUGUCACCAAGAGGUUUGGAGUGCUUCAAUCUGUUCGCCGGCCCCUGAGAGUGAUGUGGGCUAUUGCCGGUGUGUGGGCGGUUAGCCUGACCGUUAGUGUUUUACCUUUGUGCGGAUGGGGCAGCUUUACGCCAGCCGCUCUCGGGUGUUUCCCAGAGAGCGACAGUUUUUACACCCUGCUGCUUUUCUCUUUAUACUCCCUGUGUUUCUGCGGUUUGUUAUUUUUCUUUAUCCCCCUCACCUACCAGCUGCUGUGCUCCAGAGAGCCCCAGAGGACUUUACUGUACCCGAGCUAUUUGGAGAUGUCGAAAGGACUGAGUGGCUCCGCUCCACUCUGUGAACUCCAGUCAUUUUCCCGGGACAGCCUGAACAAAAGUUUCGAUGCCUACAACGAGCUGAGCCCAAGUUCAUGUGGGACAGAGCUCAGGGAGAAAGAGGACAACUGUCUGUCCCCAGUGUCUGUCAACGGGCAGAGGACAGCUGCUGUCGAGGACACACCGGUGGUGUUUGCGCAAAAGCGCUUUUCCAUGAUCCUGGCGGUUGUCCGAGUUGUUUUGUGGAUGCCAAUGAUGACUUUGGUGCUGGUGCGCCAUGCACUGAAUGCACGUAGCUCAUCCCUGGAGACUUUGAGCUUCUUCCUCACUCUUCUUGCCCCAGCGGCCACUCCGUUAUUCGUGCUGUCUGAGCGCUGGAUCCACAUGCCAUGUGGCUGCUUCAUUAACUGCAAACGGGAUCCAACACAAGAGCCCUCAGUGAUGAAAAGAAGAUUUGAAUUCAACCUUUCCUUCCAACAAGGCUAUGGAGUGUACAAGUUGUCACAUGCCACCAUGUCUCAAAACAGUCUGCCCCUAGAGAAGCCUGCCUAUCACAGCCUCUUUAACUGUGACUUCCCUAACACCCGCCUUGAUGCACUAGAAAGUGGUGGGCUCUCCAACCUGGGGCCUGAUUUUGAUUUCAGCACCACGCGCCCCGUGGACAGCUCCUCUCAUGCAGACCUUCUUUUAGAAGCCGUGUCCGGAGGAGGAGAGGCGCUGGCUGAUUGUCCUUCACUCCCACAUGUGAACCACGGAGAGGACGGUGACUUCCGCUGUGUCCCUUCGCUGUCUUCUCAUCACCUGGAGCAGGAUCACAAUCUCGGCGACACAUUGUCUGUGUUUGACGGGACGGAGAGGAGGCUGUCGCACGAGGAGUGUCGGAAAAUCGAGCUGACAGACUGGGAGUGGUGCAGGAGUAAAUCAGAGAGAACACCCAGACAGCGGUCAUCUGGUGGUCUGUCAAUCCCCCUGUGCGCCUUUCAGGGCACUGUAUCUCUGCAAGCACCCACAGGGAAGACCCUCUCUCUUUCCACCUAUGAAGUCAGCAGUGAUGGACUCAAAAUCUCCCCCAACAAUGCCAAGAAGGUGGAAGUGUAUCGCUCCAAAUCAGUUGGCCACGAGCCCAAUGCAGACGACCCAGCAUCGGGAGGCCAGGCUGGAGACGUGAAUGUCAGCAGUGUAGGGAUGGGCAUGGGGAUCGGAAUGGAGAUGGGUAUAGGAGCUGGUGUGGGGGACACUAACGUCAAAAUCCACCUUGAGGUUCUGGAGAUCUGUGACAACGAGGAGGCCAUGGACAGCGUAUCCAUCAUCUCCAACAUCAGUCAGUCCUCCACCCACGCCCGCUCGCCGUCGCUGCGGUACUCGCGAAGGGAGAACCGUUUUGUCUCCUGCGACCUGGGCGAGACGGCCUCCUACUCUCUGCUCAUUCCCAGCGGUGGCAACCCAGAGGCAGAGACCAUCAAUAUCACUAUACCUGACACUGUGGAGGCUCACCGGCUGAACAGCCGACGGCAGACGCAGGAGAGCUCUGGAUAUCGUGAGGAGAUACAGCUGCUCAAUGAGGCUUACAGAAAGCAAGCUGGGGAGACAGAAGAGUGACACACACAUAUAGGAUAACAAGAAGGUGUCUCUCAGGAGGAGGUUGACAGCAAAGGCUGAAAGACAAAUUUCCUAAUCAUUCCACUUGUUUUCUCUCUAAUAGAACUGACAGGUGACCCAAAUAGAGAGCUUAAGACUGUUAUUAUAGUCUGUUUGAAUACUCUUGUACUUCCUCUUCAGAUAGCACUCUGAGAACACAUGCAUCACCUGUCUGUAGAGUCUAGAGAUAGAUUAGUACUGUAUGUAAAAGAAGAAGGAUAGUACACUGGGAGAAAGAGAGAUAGAGCCAAAGGAAGGGGGUGGGUAGAGAAGAGAAACAGUAUUCAAGAAUCAGUAUUCCUUGCGAGACUGUCACCAUAUGGCUGUCUGUCAUCAUAAAAUAGAUACAGCAAAAGAGAGAUCCACUUAGACGUGGAAAAGGAAGAGGUCACAUGUCGGAUAUGAAGCUGCUUCUGUCGGCUACGUCACCGGUGACUCAGCUGUGAGGGGAGGGGUCACCUGACCCGUGUGUCUGACUCAUCUCUGUGUGUGCUGUUGUGCAUCUUUGUGUGUGAGAAGUAGCCUUGCCCAUAGGGAUGAGGGUAUACGUGUGAGACGCCAGCCACCAAAAUGUAUUCAUACUGUGUGUUUUCCCUUAUACAAAAGUGUUUUUUCUGCAUAAUAUAUUUAUUUUAGUUACAAAGUGUUUCACUUAGUGUCCAUUUAUGUAUCGCACAAUAAACCUUAUACUAUCAAAGGAGAGGAGAGGCCACUAUCCAUGCUGACAAAUCGAAAACAGGUGGAGGGAAAAAGGAAUAGAGAGGCGAGCGUUUGUGGGAGAGUGCAAGUGAUUUUUGAAGAAGAGGUCGAGGGGAUACUUAUGCAGAACAGUUCUCUGCCUUGUGGACAUUGAGUGCAAUUUCAAUGAGUGACAGUGUGCAUAUUUUACUACAGUAUAGGCAGCAUAUGAAUGUACAUUCCAGAGCCACUUUGGGGAAUCAUCUCUCCGCCUGCUCAGUUCACUGCCCAUCUAAUCAGUGAGCUACCGGGGCCUCUCACUUUCUAUCGAAUUCAUGCAUAAAUUCAAGACUGGAAUAGAAUUUGCAUAUAGUAUUGUGUUUCAGUACUGUUUUUGAAUGGUUACAUGGACAUGUUAACAUCUAUCAGAAGCAUAUAAAUCGUUAUUCUCUUUCACAGCUUUUAUCAGUAUAUCCAUCCCUUAUAUGCACAUUUACAUGUACAUGUGUGUACACAAUGGCAGUAACAUAGUAAAAUCAGUAUUUCAGAGUAACUUUAGAAUCUAUAUUUAUUUAGGUUUGUUUUAUGAUGGUGUCUUUUCUAUGUUAUCUGUUUGGUUGCUUGAUCGUCAAUACGUUAGCACUUUGUGGACUUCAUUUGCAGGCUUUUUGAAUUGUCCUUUAGCGAGCCCCUUCCAUCAGCUGCGACAUGUUCCAUCCCCCUGAAGAAUGUUGUCAUUAAAGAUUCAUACCAGAAAAUUGCCUCCAACAGGAUUGCAAUGCAUUUCUAUUCCGAGUGCUCCUGGGCAAAAUGUAAAAGAAAAUAAUGUACAGGCAUAUGAAUCAUAAUGAAUGUGAAGUUGUAUUUAGUGUCAAGCAUAUCAGCUGUUAAUGGUGCCAAAGGUUUACAGCUGAGCACAGCUUCAUCUCUGUAGCCUAACAGAGUGGAAGUGAUUUGAUCAUCUGCUUCUUCUCACUUUUAAAACAGGACUAGCGUUCAGCUUCUGGUCAAGCGCUCUCAUAAAACAUUGUGAUCAAUAAACUGUUAUUUGCCUCGUUUGUGACAAAUGGAUAAUUGCACAUUGGCUGUACAAGCGUUUGCAUGUUUUUAGUCAUUCACGUCAACCAUCUGGACUGAUUCUGUGACACGCUAACUACUCAAAUGGGUUUUCUCUAUUAGAAUAAAAGCAAAUAAAGAGCAAUAAUUAACUACUUAAGAAGACUGCCCUAGAUAGUAGCAGCCAUCA